AUGCGUUUCUUCAGCUCUUUGUCUGUGGGCAUUGCCCUUGUUGGUGCUGCCGCUGGCCUAGUAACACCGUACAACACGACCUCUAUUGGCCUAGGAGACUUCCCUUCUCUCAUCAAUGUCACCACUGAGGAUCUGGCCACUGGCCUGGAAGCUGGUCGCUUUACCAGUGUUGACCUGGUCAAGGCAUACUCUGCCAGAAUCAUGGAGGUCAACAGCACUCUCCGCAUGGUCACCGAGAUCAACCCUGAUGCUCUGGCCAUUGCUGCAGAGUUGGAUGCUAUGCGAGCAAAUGGUACCAUUCUUGGACCCCUGCAUGGACUGCCUAUCCUCAUCAAGAACAACAUUGCUACUGCUGAUCAGAUGAACAAUACCGCUGGAUCGUUCGCCCUUCUUGGUGCAAGGGUUCCUCAUGACUCUACUCUGGCUGCCAAGCUGAGAAAGGCUGGUGCCAUUAUCCUCGGCAAAACAAACCUUUCUCAAUGGGCAAAUUAUCGCUCAAACAACAGCACAAACGGAUGGUCCGCAUACGGUGGGCAGACUGAAGCUGCUUACUACCCUCACCAGGACCCUAGCGGUUCUUCAAGUGGUUCGGGUGUCUCUUCUUCGAUCGGCCUAGCUCUCUCUGCUCUUGGAUCCGAGACUUCCGGGUCCAUUCUUUCUCCGUCAGACGUCAACAACCUUGUUGGUAUCAAGCCUACUGUUGGACUCACCAGCAGAUAUCUGGUCAUCCCAAUUUCAGAGCAUCAGGAUACUGUUGGUCCUAUGGCAAGGACUGUCAAGGAUGCUGCGUAUCUGUUGCAAGCAAUCGCUGGUGUCGACUCCAACGACAACUACACUUCGGCUAUCCCGAAUAAUGGCACCAUUCCUGACUACGUUGCCGCCUGCGAUUACUCUGCUCUCGCUGGUAAGCGUAUCGGUGUAGCCUGGAAUGUCAUCGACAUUUAUGGUCCCAUCGACGAACCUGUCAUGACCGCCUUCCAAGAGUCCGUCGCUCUGAUCGAGCGUGCUGGCGCGACUAUUGUUGAUGCAAACUUCACUGCAUUUUCGGAAUACGUCACAGACAACAACGAGACUCUAGUCCUGAACGCCGACUUCUUGACAAACCUCGCGACCUACCUCUCAGAACUCAGCUACAACCCCAACGACGUCAAGGACCUUCAGGAUGUCCGUAACUUCACUCACAACUUCACUCAGGAAGACUGGCCUGAUCGCGAUACAGCUGUUUGGGACGAUGCACUGGACAACCAGGGCUGGAACAACAGCGACCCUCGCUUCUGGGCCGCUUACCAAGCAAACCUGUACUAUGGAGGUGAAGGCGGUAUCCUCGGUGCCUUGGAGCGCAACAAUGUCUCUGCUGUCCUUCUGCCCACUCAACUCUCUCCUGGUAUUCCUGCUUUGGUCGGUAGUCCCGUCAUCACUGUCCCCAUGGGCUUCUACCCAGCAGAUUGGAACGUGACAUACAAUGCUCGCAAGACGUUGGUGGAGACUGGGCCAAAGGUCCCUUUUGGAUUGUCAUUUAUGGGCAGGAAGUUUGAUGAAGCUACACUGGUUGGAUUGGCUUAUGCUUAUGAGCAGAGGACUAUGCAUAGAGAUGAUGUACAGCCUUACAUCAUUCCUAACAUUGAGUUGGGAGACUUUGUCAAAUAG